AUGGCGUCGAAGAGAAAGGCAACUGCGAUGGCGCCCGAGGACGAAGACCCAAUAGAUCCCUCCGACGAGCUCAUGUUCCUCUGCUUGGGAGGCGGUAAUGAGGUCGGUCGGUCGUGUCACAUCAUCCAGUACAAGGGCAAGACAGUCAUGCUUGAUGCCGGUAUGCAUCCCGCACACGAAGGCUUGUCGGCAAUGCCAUUCUACGAUGACUUCGAUCUUAGCACUGUAGACGUGCUACUAAUUUCACAUUUUCACGUCGACCAUGCCGCCUCUCUACCUUACGUGCUUGCGAAGACCAACUUCAAGGGUCGUGUAUUCAUGACACAUCCGACCAAGGCCAUCUACAAAUGGCUGAUUCAAGAUUCCGUCCGUGUCGGUAACAUGUCGAGCAAUUCCGAGACCAAGAUCCAAAUGUACACCGAGGCGGACCAUCUCAACACGUAUCCCAUGAUUGAGUCGAUCGACUUUUAUACUACACACACUGUCUCUGGUGUGCGGAUAACACCAUACCCUGCCGGCCACGUCCUUGGAGCAGCCAUGUUUCUCAUGGAGAUUGCAGGCUUGAAAAUAUUAUUCACUGGUGACUACUCGCGAGAAGAUGACCGACAUUUGGUAUCAGCGUCAGUACCACCAGGCGUCAAGAUCGAUGUACUCAUUACUGAAUCAACAUUCGGUAUCUCGAUGCAUACGCCACGUGUCGAGCGAGAGGCACAGCUCAUGAAGGCCAUCACCGACGUCCUCAACCGCGGUGGCCGAGCUCUGCUUCCAGUUUUCGCUCUAGGCCGAGCCCAGGAACUUCUUCUCAUUCUCGACGAGUACUGGAGUAAGCAUCCAGAGGUCCAGAAGAUACCCAUCUACUACAACUCCAGCUUAGCACGGAAGUGUAUGCAGGUCUACCAAACGUACGUCUCCGCCAUGAACGACAACAUCAAACGCCUCUUUGCCGAACGCAUGGCCGAAGCUGAAGCCGCAGGAGAUACUGGCCGGCGUGGAGCUUGGGACUUCAAGUUUGUCCGCUCACUCAAGAGUCUGGAACGAUUCGACGAUCUGGGUGGAUGUGUUAUGCUUGCCUCGCCAGGUAUGAUGCAGUCCGGUACAUCGCGUGAGCUGCUGGAGCGAUGGGCACCCGACCCAAGGAACGGUGUAAUCAUCACUGGUUACUCCGUCGAGGGAACUAUGGCGAAGCAAAUCGUUCACGAGCCAGAUCAGAUCCCGGCAAUCAUGACCAGAGCCAGUAACUCAGCGCGACGACCAGGCCAGAGGGAGAAUGAGCAGACUAUGAUACCCCGACGAUGCACAGUCCAGGAGUACAGUUUCGCGGCACAUGUUGACGGAAAAGAAAACAUGGAGUUUGUACAAGAAGUUGCUGCUCCUGUUGUUAUUCUUGUUCACGGCGAGAAGGGUAACAUGACUCGUUUGAAGUCCAAACUUCUCUCCUUCAACGCUCAGAAAGCCGUCCCCACGAAAAUCUACUCGCCAGCCAACUGCGAGGAACUUCGCAUUCCUUUCAAGACCGACAAGAUCGCCAAGGUAGUUGGAAAGCUGGCGUCUAUAGCUCCACCUCUGCCUCGUUCUUUGACUCCCAACGGCGGUGAAAGUGGGGAUGCUGGAGAGGACCAAGAAGGGGAGAAGGUGGACAUGAUCAGUGGUGUCCUCAUUCAAAACGACUUCAAAAUUUCUCUGAUGGCACCCGAAGACCUGAAGGAAUACGCUGGUCUAACCACAACUACCAUUUUAUGUCGUCAGCACCUCACCUUGUCAGCCGCUGGCGUCGACCUUAUACGAUGGGCUCUCGAAGGAACCUUUGGCGCUAUCAAAGAGAGCAGUCUCACCGAUGCUGCCGUUGACGGCAAGGUGAAUGGCAACGGCACAACCCACAAGGAAGAAGCAGACGAAGAGGUCAGUCGAACAGAAACAAAGUUCACAGUAAUGGACUGCGUGAACGUCUUGAUCAAAAACGGAGGAAGAGUAGAAGUAGAAUGGGAAGGCAACGUAAUCAACGAUGGUAUCGCCGACGCCGUCCUCGCUGUCCUCUUCACAGUCGAAUCCUCACCAGCAGCUGUUCGACAAUCCUCAAAACAACACUCUCACACGCAUACCUCUCCACCCAAAGAAGAGGACGAUAUACCCACCACAAAACUGAGCCAUCGCUUUAAAAACUCUCAUCCACAUCGCACUACAGACCCCUCCACCCGCCUCGCCCGCCUCUUCCUCUUCCUAGAAGCUCAAUUCGGCGAAGAAGCAGUUCGUCCCAUCACCUUGCCUCGCAACAGCACUACAACCGCUACUGCAAACGGAACUCCCGCAGCUAACCCGGACUCCAUGGAUACCUCCACCCCGGAUGACACCAAACCAUCAGAGCCUUUUAGCGUCGCCGCUCUUCCCCCGCCCAUCUCACCAGAUGAUCAGUUAUCCGCAGAAGACAAGGCAGAGUUGAAAAGACUGCAUAAUCUGGGUAUACCUGUUCCGGGCGUGGAGAUUAAGUUUGAUAAGUGGGUUGCGAAGGUUUGGUUGGAGGAUUUGGAUGUGGAGUGUGGGAACAAUGCACUUAGGGCGAGGGUCAAGGCUGUGGUUGAGAGGGGAGUGGAGACGAACACUACUACUGCAUCAUACAGUGACUCUCCAGCACACGCGCGAAGCACAUCACCCGCACAACACGUAUCACCAAGUUCCUCAGACUCCUCAGCGACGAUAAAGCCAUUACCCGCAAUACUACACACGCCUCCUCCUUAUGCAGAGGAUGAGCCAUAUCGCGAUGAGCCACCAACACCAUCACAAGCAAUGUCCUCGACGCGUCAAACCACACCACCCGCAUAUCAUGGCCAGUCUCAACACAAUCUGAGUUACCAACCGUACACAGACUCACCACCACACACCCCAAUCGCCGACGACGUACCUCUCGCCCACCUCAUCUCCACACAUGCCUACACGCAGCAGUCAACGGAAAGCUCUUACCACCCUGGCGACGCAUUCUACCCGGCCGACGCACCACCACCAUACGCAAUCGCUGUCCGACAAUCGUAUCGUGACACACUCAUUCAAUUUAUACCCAGCAGCCACCACGACCCUCGAGUUGCAGAAGACGAGGAAAGUCAGCUGGGCAUAGACGUGACAAGACCGGACGAUGUGCGGUAUUCAAUUGAGAAGAUUGUUGCCAUCUUGCUGUCAGCCGCAGCAGCACCUCUCCCAAAUAUCCUUGAUCGCACCCCACCUGCUGAAUCUCAGCCCUCUCCCUCUCUCAGUCUCAUGAAUUCCAUGAACACCCGUUUCAAGAACCUAGUGGGUUCGAAACGAAAGAGUUCCUCACACAACCCGUCACCCGCUCCCCAAGGCAAUCCCGCCCCAACCGGCCAGCAACGACCGACGUCGCUUUCGCCUCAGGCCUCAAACUCGAGCAGCUCGUCGCUCCCCAUGAACCCCCAAAACCCCAUGGGCCGCCCACCCUCAUACACAUACGCCCCUCCUGGUGGGCUCGGUGCGCCCCAACAACAACACGGCCGACCUGCGAGCCCUCUACCACCCAUCAACACGGGCGCGCCUGGCUACCCUCCUCAACAAACGCCCAUGGGCUACCCACCGCAGGGUGGCCCGCCUGGCUAUCCUGCCCAAGGACCGCCAGGAGCUGGACAGUACGGCCAGGGCUACGGUGCACCACCGCCUGGAGCUCCUGCCCCUCAUGGUCCGCCCGCAACAUACAACAGGCCCUCGGGCAUGGCAGAAGUAGCCGGUGAAGGUCGCUCCAAGGCCCAACUCAUUGUUGGUAUCGACUUUGGCACCACCUUCUCUGGUGUCGCAUUCGCCUUUGCUACCAACACCGAGGCCAAGGAAGACAUCAUCACCGAAUGGCCUGGCGCGGGUAACCAGACAAAGCAAAAGAUUCCUACCGUGCUCUACUACGAUCAGUACCAGAAGGUGGUAGGAUGGGGCCCUGACAUCGCCGAUGCUUUGGCCCCCACGGGCUACCCCAAGCCUGGUGUGCAAAAGGUCGAGUGGUUCAAGCUGCAGCUCAUGCUGUCUGGAAACACAUACAUCGACCCCAUCAACCUCCCACCGCUACCUCCAGGCAAGUCUGAGAUCGAUGUCGCCGCCGACUACCUCUUCCACCUGCGCCAGGCGAUGCGCAACCAGCUGCAAAAGACGCUUGGUGAGGUGUUCAAUCGAGAAGAGCGCAACAUCAGAUACUACCUCACGGUACCUGCUAUCUGGAACGAUGCUGGAAAGGCUGCAACGCGCGCGGCUGCCAUCCAGGCUGGUUUCCUGCGGGACGAAAACGACAACAGACUGACCCUCAUUACUGAGCCCGAAGCUGCCGCCAUGUUCUGUUCAAAGACCGGUCUACUCAACCUCAAGAUACACGAUGCCGUUCUCAUUGUCGACUGCGGUGGUGGUACCGUCGAUUUGAUCGCCUACGAAGUUGAAGAAGAACAGCCCUUCUCCGUCGCCGAGUGCACAGCUGGAUCCGGAGAUUCAUGCGGUUCCACUGCCCUCAACCGCAACUUCAGCAACAUUUUGCGAGCCAAGAUCAGGAAGAUGAAACUACCAGAUGGUUCCAAGACAGCUGGCAAGGUGUACGCCAAGUGUAUUAUGGACUUUGAGAACAGGAUAAAGGCCGACUUCCGAAACAAUGGUCAGAAAUGGGCUGUCGACGUUGGUAUCGAGGCAGAGUUCCCUGAAGCUGGCAUCGAGGAAGGAUACAUGACUUUCACAAACGAGGAGAUUCUACAGUGCUUUGAGCCUGUAGUAAACCGUAUUCUCGAGCUCGUCAGGAAUCAGAUUAUUGCCAUUCAGGCACAGAACAGGUCAUUGCAGAACGUCCUAGUCGUCGGUGGUUUUGGUGCUUCCGAAUAUCUCUUCCAACAAAUCAAACUCCACGUCCCACCUCAAUUCCAGUCAAAGGUUGUCCGCCCCAUGGACUCCGUCGCCGCCAUCGUCAAAGGAGCUGUCACAGCCGGUAUCACUGAGCGUAUUGUCACACACCGUGUUGCACGUAGGCAUUACCUAAUGGCUACCCUUCAGCCCUUCAAGGAAGGUCACCACCCCGAACAGUACCGUGUCCCGUCUCUCGACGGAAAAGAUCGCUGCAAGUACACACGUCAAAUUUUUGUGCAAAAGGGUCAAAGAGUCAAGAUUGGCGAACCGGUCAAGGUCUCGUUCUUCAGACAAGUCGCGCCUGGUGCUACACUCAUGUACGAGGAUAUACUAUAUGCUUGCGACGACGACGUCUGCCCGGAGUACACUAAGGAUCCUCGCAUCAAGGAAGUCGUAACACUCACUUCAGACCUCUCACGCAAAAACCUCGAAAAGGACUUUGAGCGCAUGGAUACGCCUCAAGGUACUUUCUACCGUGUCUACUUUGACAUUUACCUUACGCUUGAUGGAUCGGAGUUCAAUGCCGAGUUGGUUUGUCAGGGUGAAGUUAUGGGCAGGUGUACUGCGCGAUUUAGGUAG